GCGAGAGAGGGAAAAGGUUGAGCCCUGACACUCCUCUCGAUGUGCCUCGUUCGCCGAUAGCCGGCGACAAGAACCCAUUUUCUCGCUCGCCUCCUCUGCUUUCGUGUUCGAAGAUGGAGUCUUUGAAGAGGAACGGCGACGAGAAACAAGCGGAGUUGGUGAAUAAGAAGAAGGAUCAGAUGAUGAAUGCGGUGUCUGCUACUCAACGCAAUUUUCAGGAGUGUGUGAUGGAGGCGGCGAAUCGGUACCCAAUCUUGGAGGACGAUAAUUCUUCGUUGAGACGAAUUCAAUCAUCUCAGCAGUACAACCAAACACUGGCACAGCAACAGGAGCAACCGCAACCGCUGGAGCUUUUCUCGAUGGGCCCCACACACCCGGUGGACCAGUUGCCUGAUCUCAACCUGACACCCGCCGGCUGAGGCGGCGGCGAUGACGAUGGCACCAGCGACCGCGGCGCCGGAGGCGCCGUUGCCUGAUCUUAACAUGACGCCGCCGGCUGAGGAGUCGGCGACCAGGGCGGAUGCGCAGUUGU